AUGGCGUAUUCCAAGAUGUUGAAUGUGGCGCACGGAGCCCACGGCCUGCUGACGGCCGGCGCGCUGCUGCUGCUGACGACCCACUGCUGCGUCUGCGCAGAGCUCGCCGAGGGAGACCUGGGGCCGGCGCAGCCUGGGCCCGACGCAGAACCGAGCCCCAUGCCGCGACCACCGCUGGCGAGGGAACACUUCGCGGAAGUGAAGCGCUAUGGCUGCGCUGACCUAACUGAGCGUGUGGUCCUGCCAAGCGCCGCGGCGGACCUCGAGCUGAAGGACGGAGACCUGCAGGGGCUGGCCGCCUACCUGUGGCUGCUGCUGCGCGAGGGGGGCGAGGGGGCAGGCCCGCUGGUGUACGAGGAGGCCGGGGAGGGCGGGGAUGGAGACUACCCCCUCGGUGCCGCGCCCUGGAAGCGCUCGCGCUACUACCGCCGCUACCCCUGGAAGCGGCAGAACGCGCGCGGCCGGGGCGCCGCCUCGGCGGACGACAACCGCUACAUGUGCAACCCCAGCCGCGAGGACGUGUUCCAGCUGCUCGUGGCGCUACACGCGGCGCGCGCCGGAGACACGCGCCGCACAGUCAGCUUCUGCAACCGCCGCCGCCCCGCCAGCGCCAUCUUCACCAACAUCCGCUUCCUGGGCCGCCGCAGGAAGUAGGCCCCCCCCCCUUCCACCCUCCUCUACGUCCUACCCGCCAUGCGUUCGGUCGGCCACCUAAUUCAACACGUACGUCAAUAAGCGUUUAUUUUCGUACCACAUCAGUUCUACACACAUAAUAAUAAUAAUAAUAAUAAUAAUAAUAAUAAUAAAUUGCAUUUCCUAUUUUUUUUUUAUACUUUGAUCAUAACUCACUAAAUUAAACAGUUAAAUUUAGCUCUCACAAAAAAAACCAGCUUGUGUGCAAUCUACGAGCGGUUAAAUUGAUAAAUAAAUAAAAAUAAUUUAAGAAAUCUUACGUAAGUUUUCAUAAAGUUUAAAGUUAAACCGAGCAAUACACUCAAAUACAAAAUAAAGUAUUACAUUGUUCCAGAAAAAGACUAAAGGUAUAUAACGAAGACAAAAAUUAAUGUUUAUAGAAAAAGUACAAGUACAUGAAUUACUACAUUAUAUAAAACCUCACUUAAAUAUUACAGAAAUCUCUUCUUCAUCAGUUAAAUUAUUCAGGCAAAG